GAAGAAUCGAGGAAGAAGAAGAGUCAGAUAUUGACGUCGACACCACGGAUUCAGUGAGUAUGCGUGUUUGCUUGUUUUCUGGUAUAGAUCGCUAACGUACAGCACAAAAGGAAAACGAGAGCUCUGAUGAAGAACAGGACGAGGAGAUCGUCAACGUUGAUUUUGACUUCUUUGAUGUGAACAAGGACGUUGACUUCCAUGCUAUCAAGAAUCUUCUACGUCAAUUGCUGGGCGAAGAUAGUAAGAAGAUCAACUUGUCUGGGCUUACUGAUGUUGUGCUCGAUUCUCCAACUACAACGAUCAAGACCGACGGUAAGGAGUCGGAUCCGUAUGCGUUUUUAGCUCCAAUCAGUGUUAAGGACGUCAAGUCCAGUGACUAUUGGAAGUAUAUAAACCAAACAGACUUGGGGCUAUCGACCCAGCUUGCCAAAGUUUCGAAUAAGAAGGUUGCGCUGUUGAUCAAUGAGAGAUUUAUCAACAUGCCAAUUCAAGUUAUACCGGCUCUGUACAAGAUUGUGUUGGAGGACGUUGCCAAGGCAGAAGGUGAACACUAUGACUAUUACUUGAUACCAUCCCGGAAGUUCGAGGUCAACGAGGAAUCAGAGCAGAACUCCAACAAGAAGGUUAAGACUGUCGAGGUUGACUACUUCCACGAUGAGGAUAAGUUCUUGGAGUCGAAUGCUCUAUAUACAAACUCUUUGGAGUCUAAGAAAGGGUUGAUUCAAUCCUUUAUUCUCAUCGGACACGACGAGCUGCUCAAAUCCAUCGUUGAGCUGGAAGAUGCUAUUGCAGAGGCCUUUUGAAUUCAAUGACUAAACAAUUAAUAUAUAUCAAACAGACCAUGGAUCAAUGGCAAUUACUGAACCCAUGUUAGUAGCACCACAGCUGUGAAU